AGUUUCCACAAGGCGUUGCAGCUGAAGGAAGAGGCAUUACAUCUUUGUUUUAUAGCUAAAGGUAGCGAGCUAUGACAGCGAAUGUACCCACAGCAGCUUUCGUUCACAGAGACUGUUGUUACUGGCCAGGCCUCCCCCUAUAAGACAUAGUUGACCAUCGGGAGUCAAUGUCUCCGCCUCUGGCCAGAUCUCUUCCAGCCCUGCUCAGCCACUGGUGGCACCAGCUGAGGUUUCGCCAUGAGAACAAGAAAGGAUGGGACGAGGUGUUGGAUGAGAUGUUUCUGCUUCACAUCAAACUCACAAAUGACAUUCCUCUCUUCUAUGCGGCUAAAACAAACAACGUUGCUUGUAUCAGGAAACUGCUAAGCUUUGCAUCCACUAACAUCUUUGAGAGAGGUGCUCUUGGAGAGACAGCGCUUCAUAUUGCUGUGAUGAAUGAUAAUGUGGAGGCAGCAGUGGCUCUGAUGGACGGGGCUCCUGAACUCAUCAACGAGCCCAUGACCUCUGAGCUUUUCCAAGGUGUCACUCCCCUCCACAUUGCUGUUGAAAACCAGAACAUUGAUUUGGUCCAGCAACUUAUUAGUCAUGGUGGUGAUGUGGCUACACCUCGAGCCACCGGGCUGUACUUUCGGAAGAGGAGAGGAGGACACAUGUACACUGGUGAGCACAUCUUGACUUUUGCUGUAUGUGCUGGGAACAGGGAUAUUAUCUCAAUGGUAAUUGAUGCAGGGGCCAGCACCAGGGUCCAGGACUACCUAGGCAACACAGUGCUUCAUAUUUUGGUUCUGCAGCCCAACAAGGUAGCUGCGUGCCAGUCCAUCAACCUGAUUAUGGCACGAGAUGCAGAGCUACAGGAGCCAGUGCCACUCGACAUGGUGCCCAACCUCCGAGGCCUUACACCAAUGAAAGUGGCUGCCAAAAAGGGAAACAUUAUGGUAUUUGAGGACAUAGUUAAUAGAAGGCGUAAAUUGCAGUGGAGUCUGGGCUGUUUUUCUUCUAACCUGUAUGACCUGACAGGGAUUGAUUCCUGGGCUGACAACAUGUCAGUGCUGGAGCUUAUUGUGAGGAGCCACCACAGAGAGGCGAUGUUGCUACUGGAGGUGACCCCAGUGAAGCAGCUGCUCAGUCUGAAGUGGAAACUGUAUGGGCAACAUUACUUCAGGGUGCUGAUUAUCCUAUAUCUGGUGUACAUCGGGAUCUUCACAGCAUGUUGUUUUUAUCGUCCUCUGAUGGACAUUCCAGAGAACUACACAACACCAAUCAUAGGCCAAACCAUCUAUAUCCAGAAACCACUCACUGAAUGUUAUGUGACUCAUCAGGACAAAGUGCGGCUGGCAGGCGAGAUCGUCAGCCUCCUGGGAGCUGUUGUAAUGCUGUUGGUUGAGCUCCCUGAUUUACUGAGAGUGGGAGCAAAGCGCUACUUGGGUCAGACUGCACUGGGAGGCCCCUUCCAUGUCCUCCUUAUCAGCUUUGCAUGUUUGGUGCUGUUGCUGCUGGUGUUCAGAGUCUGCCAGGUGCAAAGAGAAGAUGAUGUGAUGGCAUUAUGUUUGGUUAUCGGCUGGUGCAAUGUCAUGUUCUUCUCCCGAGGUUUUAAAAUGUUGGGUCCCCAGUCCAUCAUGAUACAGAAGAUUAUACUUGGAGAUCUGGCAUUGUUUAUGUGGCAGAUAUUAUUUAUGACAUUUGGUUAUUCUUGCGGCUUAUGGGUAGUGUAUAUGACCCAGGACCCUAGUGGUAUACCUUCAUAUGCCAACUUCCCCUUUACUCUCUUCUCUGAGGCUGUGCUUGGUUCGGGCAUCGUAAAUAUGCCUUGGGAUCCCACCGUCUAUGCACCUCCAGUCGUUUAUGUGAUGCAAGCUACCUUCACAAUGAAUGUCGCCAUCCUUCUGGUAAAUAUACUGAUAGCCAUGUUGACUGACACAGAGUGGAAGGUGAACAAGCAGAAAGAGUCCCUCUGGCGAGUUCAGAUGCUGUCUACAAUUUUGAUGGUGGAGAGGAAGCUGACACCCUUCCUGUGGCCUCGUUUUGGGGUAUGUGGGCUAAAAUAUGGUCUGAAGGAUGCCUGGUAUCUCAGGCUUGAGGAAAAAAACCACAGAGUACGAUACUUCUCCAGUGAGGAUGAAAAGAAAAAUGAGAGGAUGGACAACACUAACCCAAGAAAAAAGCCAGUCUCAAGAAUUCCUGACCCCAGGCCUAGAAAUGCUGAAGGGGAUACUCUAAGAGGGUGGCCGCUGAUUCGCCACAGAAUUUCAGAUUUUGAGAUGGAGGUGAAGUCCGCAUUUACCUCUAAACGAGUACGAGUGAAGUCACCAUUUCACCACUAAACCAACACGAAGUCCCUGUUCUUCCUCUAAACCAGUGAGUGUAUGUUCACACACUGCUGAUGUUUAACCAAUCACAGGUGUGUCAUUCCUGCGAGCACCCACAACCUCCUCUUGUGAGUUUCCAGAACUUGAUUUAGUUCAACCUCCUGAGGGGUGCUAAUUUAGUUCAACCUCCUGAGGGGUGCUAAAACAGGCCAGUGGAAACAAAAACGGAGCCCAUGACAAGAAGUACAAGUUCAGUUACUGGUUGGUGGGUUCGUACAGUUGAAAAGACCUAAUAUACUCUAUGGAUUCAUCCCAAGUCUCUUGUAAGCGCUGUCAAUUCCCUCAUUUUGGUAUUUUCCUUCUGUCUUAGUCCCGUCCUUGUAAGAUGUGAGGAAAACGUGAAGAGAGAGAACUGAAGGAAACACAUUAUUAAUGACAUGAGAUCUUUCAAUUAUCAACUGAUUUCUGAUAAUGGGGCGUGUUGAUAAAAAAAAAAAAUCAUCUUUGAAGUAUGGUCUCGUGUCUCCAUAGUCAUGGCUCCUCUAGCAGCCUCCUCGAUAUAAGAGACUUAAAACGUCCUCAGUUGACCAGAACAACUUCCAGAUUGACUGAGGACCGAGAACAUAGGAAUGAUUUUGGCCACGUUAUCUCAUUAUCAAAGCACUAUACUUGGGUCAUGUGAAGACAACUGUGCAAACUCCAUCUAUUGAUGAAGACACCAAAAUAUCCUUGAUAGCCCCAGAAAAACCUAGAAAGUUGAACUUGAGUGAAGAUAGUUUUGUCAAGUUAUUGUUGUAGAAUCCAUAAACAACAGUACAAACAGAAAUAAGUAAACUGAUGUUUGCAAUUAACUAUGUUUUUCUCUAUUAUCACAUAAAACUCCACACCUCAAAACCAUCAUUACUUUGUUUUUAAUUAUCUGUUUUUAAUUGCAGUCAGCUUGAAAUCAGUAUUUUGGACAACAUAAUUAUGUAAAACUAAGAAUAUCAUUAUGAGAUCAU